GACCGUUUGUCCAACCCCUCUCUCUUUUGUUCCUGAACAGUCAAGUGGUUCAGGCGUUUGAUGAAGUUCAUUACAAAAACGGCAACUGAAGAAACGUGUAUUCGUGUGCGUGUGUAUACAGGCCUUUAUUAAUGGCCCAUUCGAGCACCGAACAACUUUGAAACAAGGAACCGAACUGUCCCCUCACGAAGAUGCGAAUGGAUUUGUCAAGGUGGUCCACCAGGUGGAGAACGAAAAGAUGGUGUUUACAUCCUACUGCAACCACUAUCAUUUUUCUUCUGCACGCCUCAAUAGUGACAGCAGCUGGACCAGUGGAUGUGCUCAAGUUGUUUGACUUUCACAACACUCCAGAUGGAGUGACAAAAGUACCAGGGUUUUGCACCCUCCGAAGAGGAUCCAAACCAGACAUUGCUUUCAGAGUGGACAAAGAGGCCCAGCUCAGCACUCCCACCAAGCACUUUUUCCCAGGAGAGGAGUUUCCCCAGGACUUCUCCAUUCUCAUGACCAUCAAGCCUAAUGCUGGGGUGCAGUCUUUCUUGCUCUCAAUUUACAAUGAACAUGGCAUUCAGCAGAUGGGUGUGGAAGUUGGGCGCUCCCCAGUUUUCCUGUAUGAAGACCAGCAUGGGAAACCUGCAGCUGAGGAUUACCCCUUAUUCCGUGGAAUCAACUUGGCUGAUGGAAAAUGGCACCGUGUAGCCCUCAGUGUGGAGAAGAAUAUUGUGACCAUGAUUGUAGACUGCAAAAAGAAGAUAUCCAAAGCCCUGGACAGAAGUGACCAUGCCAUUAUCAGUACAGAUGGAAUUGUGGUGUUCGGCACCAGAAUCCUUGAUGACAAUGUGUAUGAGGGUGACAUUCAACAACUACUGGUUGUGACUGACCCCAAAGCAGCAUAUGACUACUGUGAACACUUUAGUCCAGACUGCGAUACUCCCCACUGGAACAUACCACAAGCACAGGAACCUGAAGAGGAGUAUACCACAGACUACACAGAAUACUAUGACUAUGGGGAAUCUGACCUAACCGAAAUUCAACAUCCAACAGCAGAGUCCAGCACAGAUGCAAAGAUACAGGAGCAACCAGGAACGACUGAUAUGGAUUAUUACACUGAUAAUGAAUUUGCUUAUGAUACAUUACCUGGUUCUGAAUCUCCAACUAAAACAACCACACCCAAUAAGCACCAGAGUACAGACUAUAAGGAGGAAGUUGUUGACGACUACAUUACAGGACUGGAUGAAGUUUUGGUAGAAAAUCCCACAGUCACUCAGACCAUGACUGUGAAGCAUGCUCAGUCUAAAGGCACACAGGAUUCUACCACCUAUGACUUUAAAGAGUAUGACCUUAAUGAAUAUGACUCAAACGAUCUGGAGAGUGUUGACACAUACCAGUAUGGAGUAUAUGAUGAGCAUGAAGCAUAUGAGAAGAAGACUGACAUGUCCCCAGAUGAGAGUGAAUUUGGACAUGGAGUCCCUGCUGAAACAGAGAGGGCUGUUGGGAGUAGAGGUGGUGGAGAAAAGGGAGAGAAGGGGGAACCAGCUGUGAUUGAGCCAGGAAUGCUUAUAGAGGGAGCCCCCGGGCCUGCAGGCCCCGCUGGUCUCCCUGGAACCCCAGGCUUGCAAGGACCUCCAGGCCCCCAUGGAGAUCAUGGGAACAGGGGUCUUGCUGGGCGACCUGGUCUUCCAGGUGCAGAUGGGAUUCCUGGGCCUCCCGGGACGGUCUUGAUGCUUCCGUUUCGUGCUGGUGGAAAUGCUGCUAAAGGUCCUGUUAUUACUGCCCAAGAGGCACAAGCACAAGCAAUUUUAUCCCAGGCCAGGCUUACCAUGAGAGGCGCUCCUGGACCACUUGGUCUCACAGGAAGACCCGGACCAGUGGGUGGCCCAGGGGCCCCAGGGCGAAAAGGUGACCCUGGACUUUCUGGACCCCAGGGACCCAGAGGUAUCCAAGGUCCUACUGGCAUGCCUGGGAAAGCAGGAAAAAGAGGUCGUGGAGGGGCUGAUGGAGCCCGAGGUGUACCUGGAGAGUCAGGGGCCAAGGGUGAUCGUGGAUUUGAUGGACUACCCGGGCUUCCUGGUAACAAGGGACAUAGGGGUGAAUCAGGUCCAACUGGCCCACCUGGUCCUCCAGGAGAGGAUGGUCCCAGAGGAGAGGAUGGAGAGGUGGGGCAGAGAGGAGUGCAAGGAGAGAGCGGUCCUAGAGGAUUGUUGGGUCCUAGAGGAUCUGCAGGUCCACUUGGACAGCGGGGUCUUCCAGGACUAGAUGGUCAACCUGGACCCAAAGGAAAUAUGGGUGUACAAGGAGAGCCAGGAUCUGCUGGUCAGCAGGGUAUACCUGGUCCACAAGGACUGCCAGGCCCACAAGGCCCUAUUGGUCCACCUGGUGAGAAAGGUCCUAAUGGUCAACAAGGAUUGCAAGGAUUGGCUGGUGCAGAUGGCCCCCCUGGACAUCCUGGAAAAGAAGGUCCUCAUGGAGAAAAAGGAGGGAUUGGUCACCCUGGUCCUCAAGGUUCUAUUGGCUAUCCAGGGCCUCGUGGAGUUAAGGGAGCAGAGGGUGUGCGUGGCAUGAAAGGUGGCAAAGGAGAACAGGGGGAGGAUGGUUUCCCUGGGUUCAAAGGUGACAUGGGUCUUAGCGGUGAGAAGGGAGAACUGGGUGUUGUUGGGCUCAGAGGAGAAGAUGGCCCUGAGGGACCAAAGGGUAAAGCAGGACCCAGUGGAGAACCUGGUCCAGUAGGCCUAGCUGGAGAAAAGGGCAAACUAGGUGUUCCAGGGUUACCUGGCUACCCUGGAAGACAGGGCUCAAAGGGUUCCACUGGUUUUCCUGGAUUUGCCGGAUCCAAUGGAGAUAAGGGAGCCAGGGGUGUUGCUGGCAAGUCUGGUCCAAGAGGUCAACGUGGUCCAACGGGUCCACGGGGUGGAAGAGGGGCAAGAGGGCCAACAGGAAAGCCAGGUGCAAAGGGUUCCUCAGGGAAUGAUGGCCCUCCUGGUGGUUUGGGAGACAGAGGUCUACAAGGUCCUCAAGGACCAGUCGGAGUCUCAGGUCCUAAAGGCCCUAGUGGACCUCCUGGUAAAGAUGGACUACCUGGUCACCCUGGACAGAGAGGAGAGACGGGCUUCCAAGGGAAAACUGGACCACCUGGACCCGGUGGUGUCAUCGGCCCCCAGGGUUCCACUGGAGAGACAGGGCCUGUUGGUGAAAGGGGGCAUCCUGGAUCUCCUGGACCUCCAGGUGAACACGGUCUACCAGGGGCAGCUGGAAAAGAGGGUGGAAAGGGAGAUCCAGGUCCUCACGGAGGAAGUGGGAAGGUUGGACCUUCUGGACUGAAAGGAUUCUCUGGGCAGAGGGGCCUUUCCGGUGCAGGAGGAAUAGCUGGUUUGAAGGGAGGCGAAGGUCCACAAGGUCCAUCUGGCGUUGUUGGAUUACUGGGCGAACGAGGGGCAGCUGGUCCAGGAGGGCCCAUUGGCCUCACAGGGCGUACAGGCCCUCAAGGACCGCCAGGUCCAGCUGGAGAAAAGGGUGGGCCAGGUGAGAAAGGUCCUAUUGGCCCUGCAGGACGCGAUGGAAUACAGGGUCCAGUUGGUCUGCCAGGACCUGCUGGCCCUCAAGGACCACCUGGAGAAGAUGGAGACAGGGGAGAGGUUGGUGGACCAGGUCAAAAAGGAGGCAAGGGGGAAAAGGGAGAGCAUGGUCCUCCUGGCUCAGCAGGUCUCCUUGGUGUAGUUGGAGCACCGGGUCCAGCUGGUAGUGAUGGCGAACCCGGACCAAGGGGUCAGCAGGGCAUGUUUGGCCAGAAAGGAGAUGAAGGAUCACGAGGAUUUCCGGGCCUUCCAGGUCCUGUCGGAUUACAGGGUCUACCUGGGCCACCAGGAGAAAAGGGAGAGAAUGGGGACGUUGGUCCAAUGGGUCCACCAGGUCCACCUGGUCCAAGAGGUCCCCAGGGUCCCAGCGGAGCUGAUGGUGCACCUGGACCCCAAGGAGGUAUUGGUCCAAUGGGGGGCAAUGGAGAGAAGGGAGAGACUGGUGAAGCUGGAAACCCUGGACCUUCUGGAGAGACUGGAAUACCAGGGCUCAGGGGUGAAAUAGGAGAGAAAGGAGAAGCAGGUGCACCCGGACCUGCUGGACCCCCCGGUUUGCGGGGACCAUCAGGAGAUGAUGGUCCAAAAGGAAAUGCUGGUCCUUCUGGCUUCCCUGGAGAUCCAGGUCCCCCUGGGGAACCUGGUGUUGCUGGACUGGAUGGUUUGUCAGGAGACAAGGGAGAUGAUGGAGAAGCAGGCCAACCUGGACCCCCUGGUCCAUCGGGUGAAGCUGGUCCCCCAGGGACUCCAGGCAAAAGGGGGCCUGCAGGACCUGCGGGUAAACUGGGAAAGCAAGGAGAGAAGGGAUCAAAGGGUGAAGCUGGUCCUGAGGGACACGUUGGAAAAAUAGGCCCAGUUGGUCCCCAGGGCCCACCAGGGAAGCCUGGUGCAGAGGGCCUUCGCGGUAUCCCUGGCUCUGUGGGUGAACAAGGACUCCCUGGUGCUUCUGGUAAAGAUGGACCCCCAGGACCAAUGGGCCCCCCUGGCCUCCCCGGUUUGCGAGGUGAUCCAGGUUUAAAAGGAGAAAAGGGUCAUCCAGGUCUGAUUGGGUUGAUCGGUCCUCCUGGAGAGCAUGGCGAGAAGGGAGACCGUGGUUUACCUGGUGCACAAGGGGCAGGAGGAGCAAAAGGAGAGGCUGGUCUCGGUGGAACUUCUGGUCCCAUUGGCCCUCCUGGUCCUCCUGGUAUUUCUGGACCAGCAGGAGCUAAGGGAUCAAAAGGAUCAGCUGGUGCUGUUGGUCAGAAGGGAGAGCCAGGCAUGAUUGGACCCCCUGGUCCUCCGGGUCCUGCUGCGGAUGUUAUUCAGCCCCUACCCAUACAAUCUGCAGGAAAGACUAGAAGAUCCUCUGAUGUUCAGGGGGAUGGAGAGGCUGCAGGCCUGAUGGACUAUGGUCUUGAGGGGCAGGAGGGCUUGGAGAAUGUAUUUGAAUCCCUUAAGAACCUCAAACAGAAUGUUGAGCACAUUAAAUUCCCAUUGGGUACCCAGGACCACCCAGCAAGGACCUGUAAAGACUUACAACUUAGCCAGCCAGACUUUCCUGAUGGUGAAUACUGGAUUGAUCCAAACAUGGGAUGCACAGGAGAUUCCUUCAAGGUAUAUUGUAACUUCACAGCAGGUGGUGAAACUUGCAUCUAUCCCGACAGGAAGUCCACAGGGGCUAGAAUUUCUUCUUGGCCAAAAGAAUCUCCAGGAUCAUGGUUCAGCGAAUUUAAGCGUGGAAAAAUUCUGUCCUAUGUGGAUGUGACGGAGAACACCAUCAAUUUGGUUCAGAUGAAUUUCCUAAAACUUCUAAGUUCAUCUGCUCGACAGAACUUUACCUAUAUGUGCCACCAGUCAGUUGCAUGGUAUGAUGCUAAAACUGAUAGCUAUGACAAGGCUGUCAGAUUCCUUGGCUCCAAUGAUGAAGAGAUGUCCUAUGACAACAAUCCCUUCAUCAAGACCCUCUCUGAUGGCUGCUCGCUUCGACAAGGGUACUCUAAGACAGUAAUGGAGAUAAACACCCCACGAAUUGAUCAAGUACCAAUUAUUGACAUCAUGCUGAAUGACUUUGGGGAUCCUAACCAGCGAUUUGGGUUUGAAGUGGGGCCUGUCUGUUUUCUUGGCUAAAAAGUACCAUGUCAUCUCACCAUGCUGUACAGGAAGACAAACCAUUACCACCUACAACAUGUAUGAUUUGUAUUUUUGAGGAAUCCAAUAGAGAGAGUGUGCUGAUGUAUUAUUUUUAUUAUUGUUUUAUUGUAGUUUUUUUUAAUGUGGAAAGUACAUUGCCCUUGUAGGGCAACUUAAAGAAAGGGUGAUGGAGUACCCUCACUUCAAAGAGCAAUGAACAAUUUGAUACACAUCAAAACCCUUUCAUAUGUUUUUGUCCAGCCUUUUUCCCUUGGUAAGGUGAUCUGCAUGUAAAAGGUGCUAUUAAAAAAACAAAUGUUUUUUUUUUUUUGCAGAAGAGGCAUAGAGGAUUUGAAAAGAGGGUUUAGACUUGUGCAUGUUUGUUUGUUUGUUUAUUUUGACAUAUAUUUGUCAUAUUGUUGUUUUUAAUGGCCAUGGAAAACAGAGUAGCCCAAAGCCAGUUAAUCUACUUUUACAAAACAUCUGUAAAUAUUAGAUACGUUCAGCAAGAAAUUAAUAUGGAGGAUUGGGAAUAAUUCAUCUACAAAGUUGUUUAUUAACCAUGAUAAAUGCCAUCUGAUGAAACAGAACAUGAAGUAUUUGUGAUGAAAAAUGCAUAAUUAUUAAAAUGUGAUUUUGAACAAUGCCAUAAUGACUUUUAAAUCAAUGAAAUUACUGAAGUAGUUAAUAGUA